GGCGACCGCACAACAACCGGGCAAAAUGGCGGCGCCCACAAACGAGGAGGGUCCCACUUUGGAGCCCGGCGCCGCUCCUUAUGGCAACUUCCCCAAUUACUCCCGCUUCCACCCGCCCGAGGGCCGCCUCCGCCUCUUACCCGGAGGACUCCUGCGGCAGCUGUUCCCCUCGGACGCCCGCCCGCUGCUGGGGCUCGACGUGGGCUGCAAUUCUGGGGAGCUGAGUGUGGCUCUGUACCGGCAUCUGCUCGGCCUUCAGGAGGGCAAAGGCAGCCCAGAGCAGCCUGCAGAUGGGAAGGAUCUAUACCUUCUGUGCUGUGACAUUGAUCCGGUGCUCAUUGAGAGGGCUCAGCAGAGCAGCCCCUUCCCUAACUCCAUAUCCUUUGCCAGCCUGGACAUCAUGGACUCCACCUCCAGAGAGCCAUUCCUCAGCUCCUACCUGAGCCGUUUUGGCCGUUCUACCUUUGACAUCAGCUUUUGCAUGUCUGUGACUAUGUGGAUCCACUUGAACCACGGGGACAGAGGCCUGGUGGAGUUCCUGGCCUUCCUGUCCUCUCAGUGCAGGUACUUGCUGAUUGAACCCCAGCCCUGGAAGUGCUACAGAGCAGCUGCCCGCCGCCUGCGGAAGCUGGGCAGGAACGACUUCGAUCACUUCCGAUCUCUUGCCAUCAACGGGGAUAUGGCAGAGAGGAUCACACAGAUCUUAACAAAGGACUGCACCAUGGAGCUGGUGUGCUGCUUUGGGAGCACCAGCUGGGACAGAAGCCUCUUGCUCUUUAAGUCAAAUGGCUCAAAUCAUGAGGGCAGGGAGCCUUCAGAACAGCAGCAGUGACUGACAAAGGGACUCUUGUGCUCCUGAGUUUGUGGGCAAGCUACAGAGUCACAUACAGGAAUUCCUACAUCCCUAUCGGGGUCAGACCUUGACCUCCCUAGGGAGUUUGAAGCAACUAAUAUCUGUGCAUUGUUGUUUGUUUUUUUUCCUCUUCACAUCUGUAAAAUGUGGUGGCAGUUCUGACCUAUCUUGUGGGUUCUGAGGUUGCUGUUCCUAGAAAGUACUCUUGAAAUCCAAGCUGCUAUAUGUGUGAUUUCUUACCAAGGAUGUUCCUUGGAAGAAGAGAGAACAUGCCUUUUUUUUUUUUUUUUUGCACACACAGCUUUUUGAGGAAAGGGGGGCGGCAAAUCCAUUUCUACUCACUCAUGUGAUGCAGUUUGUUCUGCUUCUUGUUGUGUUUUCUAGAUAGAAGGCUUAAGGAAAACACACAGCCUGCUUUACCAGCCAUGAAUGAGUAAGUUGGAUCAUUGCAGAAUGUAUUUUGGUCACAGUGUCCUGUGCACCUUUACAGAUGGGAUUUGCCUGGUUUGGAGGCUGUCAGUGGUGUGAACUUUCUUUGGAGUGAAGGAUUUCCUUGACAGAGCAUGUAUUCAUUGAAGAGUGUAACAAAGUGAGAGCUCUUUGUAACAAUGUCCUUAAAAUAAAAUAAUUUAAUUU